CUUCACAACUUCGGCCGCGUCCCGGCCGUGUCGGAUUUUAUUGAAAACCAGGUGGUGGAUUUCGCCAAACAGAAUCCAGGCAUCGUUGUAUAUCUUAAACCCAGACGCCAUCGAGCUCCACACGUCAAGCUGGAAUAUUUGAACGGUGAGACGGAGAUUCUCAGUGCCAAGUGCCUGUCUGAGCGGGAGCUGCGCCAGUGGCUGGAGGUGGCGCGCGGCAGCUCCGGCGAGCCGGUGGCGCGCCUCAGGAAGAUGCAACACACCGACCGGCCGUCCAUCCAGGGCGUCUGGACGCCGUGGACCAACGUGCCGCCGCAGACCAACCUCGAGACCUUCCCCAGCGAGGAGGGCUACCGCGCGCCGCAGCGCGAACAGACUGCCACAGAGAAGCUGCGCGAGCUGUUCGCUCGUCAGCAGGAGCAGAAGCAGCUGGCGGAGGAGACCACCGGCACCAGCUAGCGCCAGCGCCGGCGAUGGAGAGCUAGUCAGCAGGGACAUUCUGUGCUGACAGGUGUGUGUAUGUGCGCGUAAUGAUACGAGUGAGGUGUGGUGGAAGAUCGUGUAGUUUAUGCGAGGUUAAGUGCGCAUUUCGAUUCUUGUAUAAGUGAAAUCAGUGACAAUAUAUGCUUGUUUCUCGUA